AUGGCUAACAGCGGAGCAACUCCUAAGCUAAGUAGGGUCACGCAGGAGGCGGACCUGAAAGUAGCUAAUAAAGCCUCGGCACGGACCGUAGAAAAGGUCCGAGUGGAGACCGAGAGAAAAAUGGUACCUCCACCUAGGAAGAUACCGGAGGACCGCCGGGAGGAAGAUCUACCAUGGACAAAGGUAGUGAAUCCUAAAAAGGCGAAAAGAAGCCGCCAGCAGGUCGCAAGGAGUGCGACCAAGGGAAAGGAUCCAGCUACCGCCAAGAAGGGUAGAGCCCGUGAGGAAAAGGGUGCGCCUUCUAGUGGGAGUGGCAAGCGGAAGGAUAGAGGUGAAGCGAUCAUUGUCAAGGCUGACGAUAAAAGCUACGCCGAAGAUCAGUGUAAUGUCGAAGUCUUGAAGCGGGAUGCUACUCGGAAGAGUUCCGAGUAUAAAAAGUUGACGGAAGAGGUCCUGGGUGACAGGGUCCAGGUUAGAGCCCUGUGCCCAGUCCUGAACAUCCAGUGCAAGGGCAUGGAUGAAAUAACCGAAGCCGGAGACCUGGUAGACGCACUGAAGGAUCAGUGUAAUGUCGAGAUCCAGGAAUCCGCGAUUCGGUUACGCAAAGGCUUUGCGGGAAUGCAGGUUGCCUCAUUCCAAGUACCUAUGGCUGAGGCCAAGAAGGUGCUGGAUAAGGUAAAACUGAAGGUGGGUUGGUCGGUGUGCUCGCUGAGCACAAGCCAACCCAAUCAGGCCUGCUACAGGUGCCUUGGCCACGGUCAUAAGUCCUAUGACUGUAAGGGACCUGACCGUAGUAAGCUGUGCCGUAGGUGCGGAGCCGAAAACCACCAGGCUCGCACCUGCCAGGCUGCACCGAGAUGCCUGAUCUGUCCUACGGGGGCAGACAACAGGCAUCUCACCGGUGCGCAGGCCUGUCCGGCCUCUAGAAGGGUCCAGACAUGCAAGUAACACAGCUAAACUUGAACCACUGCGAGGCGGCCCAGCUGCUGCUACAACAGUCGGUUAUCGAGUGUAAAGCUGAUGUUGCCUUGCUGUCUGACCCAUACCGCAUCCCUGCUGGAAACGGCAGCUGGAUUGCGGACAAGUCCGGUAUGGUGGGAAUCUGGACUUGUGGGCGCUACCCCAUCCAGAAGAUAAUAUCUUCUCCUAACGAUGAGGGUUUCGUCAUAGCAAAGGUAAACGGUGUUUACUUUUGUAGCUGCUACUGUCCUCCUAGAUGGAGUAUAGAGCAGUACACUAGGGUAGUUGAAAUUCUUGCGGCGAAACUAACUGGCCUUAAACCAGUAGUUGUAGCAGGUGACUUCAAUGCGUGGGCAGUGGACUGGGGUUCCCGGUUUACUAACGCUAGAGGUCAUAUCCUGCUAGAGUCACUAGCGGUAUUGAACGUAGUUCUGCUGAACGAAGGUCAAGUGCCAACGUUCAGAGGACCGAGCGGUGAUUCAUGUAUCGACGUCACCUUCUGCAGCGCAGGAUGGACUGAAGAACCGGGAUGGAUGGUCCACGAGGGUCAUACUUCUAGCGACCAUCAGGAAGUACGUUUUAUG